UAAAAUUAGUUAAAAUCAUUUCUUUUCCAGAAUGGAAUUUCUUAAUUUUCGAGUAGAGGUGCCCCUUACCAUGCCCUUGGGACACGAGGACACUGGGGAUUACCUUGUGUUCUAUAACACGAGGGCUGAGGUGCAAACACCUCUCAGGCAUUUGAAUCCCUUCACUGAGAUGGAGGAUCUGUCUGUGGAAGUGACCAUGGUUAGGGCAAUGGGCAGUGUGGUAGAGAGGGAUUAUGUGGAAAAUCUCAUAUCUAAAUCCUCUUUUGACCACCCCCAUGGUCUGCUGUGGGAACGGAUCCACAGUAUAGAGGACCGUCUCGGAGAGGCCAAUACCUCUUAGGCUUCUUGGGGACCUGUUGCCUGAGUGCUUCUGCGCUUUGCGUCUAUGCCUGUCUUAAGAAAUAAUCCAAUUAUAAUUGUCCCUAGCUUGUAGUAUAGGCUAUCAUGUCAUCUCAGAUCACUUUUAGAUUUUCGCGUGGAGGUGCCCCUAACUAUGCCUCUGGGGCAUGACGACACUGGAGAUUACCUUGUCUUCUACAACACAAGGAAUGAGGUGCAAACACCUCUAAGGUAUUGGGAUCCCUUCACCGUGAUGGAGGACCUAGCUGUGGAGGUGACCAUGGUAAGGGCC